UAUGUUUCCUGUUUCCGGUCUGAACUCUGAUCAAACUGACUGUCAGCGAAUGAGAUUAACAAAGAGCCGGUGACUUUUAAACACAUUUAGAAACACUUGCUAACCCUCUUCGGAAACAUGGAGACUGGUAUGUCAUGUGAUACUUUGUCUUAUUUCAUUCAUUGUCAUUUGUAUAGCCAGCAUGUGAGCUCAAUUUGCGUUCCCGGCUAAUGGCUAGCAAGCUAGCUAACGUUAGCCGGCUAGCUAGCUAGCUUUAUGUCACUUUUCAGAUAGACCGUUAGCUAGCUAAGUUAUGUAACAUAGCUAACCAGCCAGCUUGCUUAUGUGUAUUUUCACUUUGCUAAUGACAUAACAGAUAUUGUUAACUAGCUUGCUAAAGUUAGCCGACCAACAUCAGAACAGCCACCUAACGUCUUCCCAGCUAUCCGUGCCAGAAAAGUUGAUGAUUACUAGUAACUAGCUAGCUAACUAUGUAACGUUGCCAACUAUCGGCUUGACAGCUAACUGUGUUAGUUAGCCAGUCAGUUAACAUAGAAGGCAGCUCAACUUGCUAGCUAUUUAACCAACUUUUUAGGUGAGCAUUAGCCAGUGCUAGUCAAUAAAGGGGAUUUAACCCAAACCCUCUGAAUCAGAGAGGUGCGGGUGGCUGCAUUAAUCGACGUUCACGUCAUCGGCGCGCGGGGAGUAGUUGUUGUUGGGGUUUAUCUGCCUUACUCAAGUGUAGAACGGCAGCUUUUCCACCUUGCCGGCUCGGGAUUCGAACCAGCGACCAUAAGCUCUUAAUGGCUAGACUUCCUUCCACCCCUUUAAUAAAGUAGGAAGCAGUGUUUGUCAACAAGCAGGCAGUGCACGACCAACCCAAUACUUUGAUUUGUUCAAGUAGCUAGCUAAGCUGUCAGGAUAUGCCCUCCCUGGCACCAUAAAACAGGCUACCAGACAGGGAAGGAUGUUUGACACUAUAUGACAACGGGUUUAUAGUGAUAGACUUUGAUCUUAUGGUGUGAUGUGAUUUGGUACCUUGUUGACCUCUGAAAGACUUGCACCCAAAGACCAUGAAAGACGCUAAGUCAGUCAUAAAAGCUAUAUAACAACUCAUAUGUAAAGUUGCAAGUCACUCUAGACACCAGUUUGGCACCUUUCCAAACAAAACUAAAGUGACACUGACAGUCAUUCCCAUUCAUGCUUUUCCAUUCUGUGGAGGAUGCGUUGGAAUGGGCUCUCAACCUAUCCCUGCGUUUGUAUGGCGACACACCCCUCUUGGUUAUGUAUACUGAUUAAAUCAGUAUCUUCAUAAUAGGGUCUCUAUUAUCCAUUUACUGUAGCAAGCUGACAGCAGGAAAUAAGGUAUGAUUUCUCCAACUUGUGUGGUAAAGAUGGAGUAUUGAGGCAUGUGAGUUUGUCAAUCCCUUGAGAUCUAGUGUGUAUUCACUAGGAACCAAACGGAAGCAAACAGCCGAAACAGGGAGGGACCUACCUCAAUUUGUCCAAUAAAGAACGCACAUUUUUGUUCCAAAAUGUUUUCGCAACGCUUUACUACUGUGUGGACUAAUGAAUACACCCCAGGAAUGGCCAGUGUAUUUAAACUUUUCUGUCAUGGAAAAUAGCCUAAAGGACCAGAACCAAUAGGGCUUGAGUCAGGCAAUGGUCUUCUCAGUGUUUAAUUGCUGUGCAGUAUUUGAUGGAAUGACACACCAGUAUUAUUUUUAUCAGUGUACUACUACAACAGAUAGUUCUAGUUUCACAUUUACAGUACAGUGCCUUCAAAAAGUAUUCACGCCACUUGACUUUUUCCACAUUUUGUUGUGUUACAUCCUGAAUUUAAAUGGAUUAAAUUGAGAUUUUUUCCCUCCUUUUUUUAGGCACUGAGCAAAUUUCAGGUCUACUGAGCGCAAACUUGAACAUUGUGAAAAUUCGGUGCAACUUCCGGCACGUGUUUACUGUGAACACUGAGGCUGUACCUGCUUUAAGUUACAGUUUUAACAGUGGUCAAGUAGGCUACUGUGGCUAUUUGAUCAUAAUGUAGGCCUACCAGAAUGGCCUACCAUCAAAAACAAUGGAGAAAAUGCAUCCCAUAACAUUUUAAUAUGGAAAUAGCUGUUCUAUCGUUCAGCCUAUAGUAGCAGCCAAUGUGUGGUGUUCAAUGCAGGCCUACAUUCCAUGAGACUUUUGAAAAAACAUGCAUGGCUUGACAUUAACCUGUUUUAUCCAGUUCUUCUUCAGACAAGGAGGUGACUGAAAAUGUUGUGUUUGAUGCAAGAAACCACUUUGCAAAAUAAAAUGCAUAAUUAUUCCCAUACCAUUAUUACAGAGAAUCAGACAAAUUAUGCUACCACCUGUCUAUUGGCAACUUAGCUUAUUCAAGCCUAUCUCAAAAUACAACACUGCCCCUUUAAGACAAAAAAAAGCUCUUGAUUCACUUUUCAAAGGUGGCUAGAGAUGCACAGUUUUGUGCUCUUGUAGGAAGCAAUCACUCCCCCAUUGUUGACUACAAUUAUCUAUAACUGGGCUAAUAACUCACUAACUAGUGAAGGAUAUGAACAAAUGUGCACACGUGGCUACAUGUAGCUCUCACUUUGAUCUCAAAACAAGCGCAUCUACUCAUGACAAAGGCUGUUGCGGUCAUGAAGGCAGUCAAAUUCCACGUGACCGUUUAGUCACUAGUUAGGCUUCUCCAAGCUCUGAUGCUGCUGCUGGUCAUUAGUAGCCUACCAAACUUGCUAACUGCCUGGUACUCAGCAAUCUAUUGUCCCUCUAAUCACUCUGACAUCAAUGCAAUGUAAUCGAAAAUCUAAUCAAACACUUCAUGAGAGCCCAUGACCUCAUGUUGCGCAACAUUUCUAUAGGCUAUGCAAUUACGCGAGAACAGAGUGAUGGCCUCUACUAAAAAGAGGAGGAUCCCAUCAGCUUUCUAUAGUUUAGGCCUACUAUAUUUAUUUCUCAACUUCCUUAAUAUUAAGCACAUUUCUUAUAUUUACAACAGGAAUAUAGCCCACCUGGCUGGCAUGAAAAUUAACCACGGGAAAAGCGUCCUCCAGUCGCUAUUUAAGUGCAUAGAUUACAUGUAUUUUUUCCUGCUGCCCCUGUUUUGAUACAGGUGCAUGAUAAUGGUCCAUUCUAAAUCAAAACACAUUUUACACAUAUUAUUUAGUAUAUGUAAAGACAAGAUUAAAUCAAGAAUAGUCUGAUGGGUGACAAGAUUAGCCUAUCACUUGUGAAUGAUAUAUUAUCACUUGUGAAUGAUGCUCAGCAAUGCCUUUUUUGUGUGACUUUUUCUAAUCAUAGACGCACACCUCAUGUAGCCUAGCCCAUAGGCCUAUAUGUUUUAAUAAAGUUUGUAUCACAAAUAAAGUGGCCUAAAUAACUUAUUAAAAUUAAGCACAUUAAUCCGCUUUACAAGCAUGAGUUUCAAGUUUGGGGAAGAUAAUGUUCACCAUAAAAAUGCACCUUUAUAAUAAAAGCAUUACAUUCAUAAUUGCAUUUGCGGUCACUUUUGAUAAUGGUGUUUUCCGCUAAUGGAACAUUCGCACUUAUAGCCUACUACCAUGUGCGCAUUGCUGCACUUAUAAUGUGAAGAAAUAGCCUAAUAGUUUAUCAACAUUUUAAGCUAAGAGGUUUCUUUGAUGCUAGUGGUUGUAUUAAUUUGGGAUCUAUCGCAUCCCACAACUGUCCCAGACUAUGUUUGGAAUAUUUCUGGCUCGCACAGAAUAGAAUAGGUCAACUUUUGUACUAUGGAGGAUAGUAGAUUGACAUAGGCUAGAGCUUUUGCUGUUCGUUAGGCCUACUCAUCUUGUUGGCUGACGAAAAGUAAAUGUGGACAGUUCUUCCAAUAUCUUCAAUAUGCUUCUCGGAAUUGGACAGGACGCGCGCAGUUGCGUCCCCAAUGUGUCUGUCUUCCCUUGUAGCCUGUGAGAAAGACCCGAUCACGUGAUGUAGAGCCAUGUGAGUGAGAUGUGAUUCGGAGCGCGCAGCACUCAGGGAGAAUGGCACAACGGCCACUGGCCGCAAAAGGCAUCGAUUUUUUUUUUUGUUGGGUGCAUUACGGCCACACAAAGGGGAUGCCGCCCUGAAAUUCUAGGCAUUAUCAAGUGCCUGUCAAAUUGUGAAUGAGUGACUGUAGUGUGUACAGCCUGCGCAAAAAACAAAGUAGAGCUCAUGCCUUUCAAGCAACUUUUUUCAAAUCAUCAUUAGUCGCAUCAUGCAGCCUUAGAAUGUAUAAAAAAUCAAGACAUAUAGCCCAACGUUUGGUAAAACAACUAAAGUUACAUUAAUAACUCUAAAUUAAGCAUAUAGGAAUACCUAUUUCUUUGUUAACCGCUCAACACAGAAUAGCGCGUGUGCGCACUCCCUCAAAUCGUUUGUAGAAAAUAUCCUUUCUAUUUUAUUCAGCUUUGUUCAAUUGUAUUCUUCAUACUAUAAAAUAAUGCCACGGAAUUCUAAGCAAAUCUUGUCUGCUAAAUUAAUUGUUGAUAGUGUUAACUAACGGGGGAAAACUCUAGAAAGUUGAGUGAAGUUCAAUCUCGUGCUUCUCUGCGCAGGCUGAUAUUUAUUUUGUGAGGCAGUCCUGGGGGAGCCCCUUUUGUUAUGGCAAGCCUAAAUAAAUUCAGGAGUAAAAAUGUGCUUAACAAGUCGCAUAAUAAGCAGACAUUGAAUAUCCCUAUGAGCAUGGUGAAGUUAUUAAUUACACUUUGGAUGGUGUAUCAAUACUCCCAGUCACUACAAAGAUACAGGCGUCCUUCCCAACUCAGUUGCCGGAGAGGAAGGAAACCGCUCAGGGAUUUUACCAUGAGGCCAAUGGUGACUUUAAAACAGUUACAGAGUUUAAUGGCUGUGAUAGGAGAAAACUGAGGAUGGAUUAACAACAGUGUAGUUACUCCACAAUACUAACUUAAUUGACAGACUGAAAAGAAGGAAGCCUGUACAGAAUAAAAAUAUUCCAGAACAUGCAUUUGUUUUCAAUAAGGCACUAAAGUAAUACUGCAAAAAAUGUGGCAAAGCAAUUCACUUUUUGUCCUGAAUACAGAAUGUUAUGUUUGGGGUAAAUCCAAUACAACACAUUACUGAGAACCACUCUCCAUAUUUUCAAGCAUGGUAGUGGCUGCAUCAUGUUAUGGGUAUGCUUGUAAUCGUUGAGUGGGGAGAUUUUCAGGAUAAAAAAGAAACGGAAGAGACCUAAGCACAGGCAAAAUCCUAGAGGAAAACCUGGUUCAGUCUGCUUUCCACCAGACACUGGGAGAUUAAUUUAAGUUUCAGCAGGACAAUAACUGUCUGCAGUCCACUCAGACAGGUGCGAAUCAGACAGGUGUCUUGUACACCAUGAUUAUUAUAAUUUUUUUGCUACUGCUCGACUAAAGAAAUCUCGGUCGACCAACAGCCUAUCGACCAAACAAUCGAUCAGUCGACUAAGUGGGGCAGCCCAAAACACAUUUAAUGUUCCUGAGUGGCCAAGUUACAGUUUUGACUUAAAUCUACUUGAAAAUCUAUGACAAGACCUGAAGAUGAUUGUCUAGCAAUGAUCAACAACCAAUUUGACUGAGCUAGAAUAAUUUAAAAACAAUUAUGGGCAAAUAUUGCACAAUCCAGGUCUGGAAAGCUCUUAGAGACUUACCCAGAAAGACUCACAGCUGUAAUUGCUGCCGAAGGUGCUUCUACAAAGUAUUGACUCAGGGGUGUGAGUACUAAUUUCAUUUUAAAGACAUUUGCAAAAAUUUCUAAAAACAUGUUUUUACUUUGUCAUUAUGAGGUAUUGUGUAUAGAUGUGUCAGGAAAAACAUGUACAGUGAGGGGAAAAAAGUAUUUGAUCCCCUGCUGAUUUUGUACGUUUGCCCACUGACAAAGAAAUGAUCAGUCUAUAAUUUUAAUGGUAGGUUUAUUUGAACAGUGAGAGUUAGAAUAACAACAAAAAAAUCCAGAAAAAAUGCAUGUCAAAAUGUUGAUUUGCAUUUUAAUGAGGGAAAUAAGUAUUUGACCCCCUCUCAAUCAGAAAGAUUUCUGGCUCUCAGGUGUCUUUUAUGCAGGUAACGAGCUGAGAUUAGGAGCACACUCUUAAAGGGAGUGCUCCUAAUCUCAUCUUGUUACCUGUAUAAAAGACACCUGUCCACAGAAGCAAUCAAUCAAUCAGAUUCCAAACUCUCCACCAUGGCCAAGACCAAAGAGCUCUCCAAGGAUGUCAGGGACAAGAUUGUAGACCUACACAAGGCUGGAAUGGGCUACAAGACCAUCGCCAAGCAGCUUGGUGAGAAGGUGACAACAGUUUGUGCGAUUAUUCGCAAAUGGAAGAAACACAAAAGAACUGUGAAUCUCCCUCGGCCUUGGGCUCCAUGCAAGAUCUCACCUCGUGGAGUUGCAAUGAUCAUGAGUACGGUGAGGAAUCAACCCAGAAUUACACGGGAGGAUCUUGUCAAUGAUCUCAAGGCAGCUGGCACCAUAGUCACCAAGAAAACAAUUGGUAACACAUUACGCCGUGAAGGACUGAAAUCCUGCAGCGCCCACAAGGUCCCCCUACUCAAGAAAGCACAUAUACAUGCCCGUCUGAAGUUUGCCAAUGAACAUCUGAAUGAUUCAGAGGAGAACUGGGUGAAAGUGUUGUGGUCAGAUGAGACCAAAAUGGAGCUCUUUGGCAUCAACUCAACUCGCCGUGUUUGGAGGAGGAGGAAUGCUGCCUAUGACCACAAGAACACCAUCCCCACCGUCAAACAUGGAGGUGGAAACAUUAUGCUUUGGGGGUGUUUUUCUGCUAAGGGGACAGGACAACUUCACUGCAUCAAAGGGACGAUGGACGGGGCCAUGUACCAUCAAAUCUUGGGUGAGAACCUCCUUCCCUCAGCCAGGGCAUUGAAAAUGGGUCAUGGAUGGGUACUCCAGCAUGACAAUGACCCAAAACACACGGCCAAGGCAACAAAGGAGUGUCUCAAGAAGAAGCACAUUAAGAUCCUGGAGUGGCCUAGCCAGUCUUCAGACCUUAAUCCCAUAGAAAAUCUCUGUAGGGAGCUGAAGGUUUGAGUUGCCAACGUCAGGCUCGAAACCUUAAUGACUUGGAGAAGAUCUGCAAAGAGGAGUGGGACAAAAUCCCUCCUGAGAUGUGUGCAAACCUGGUGGCCAACUACAAGAAACGUCUGACCUCUGUGAUUGCCAACAAGGGUUUUGCCACCAAGUACUAAGUCAUGUUUUGCAGAGGGGUGAAAUACUUAUUUCCCUCAUUAAAAUGCAAAUCAAUUUAUAACAUUUUUGACAUGUGUUUUUCUGGAUUUCUUUGUUGUUAUUCUGUCUCUCAUUGUUCAAAUAAACCUACCAUUAAAAUUAUAGACUGAUAAUUUCUUUGUCAGUGGGCAAACGUACAAAAUCAGCAGGGGAUCAAAUACUUUUUUCCCCUCACUGUAUCUAAUCCAUUUUGAAUUCAGACCGUAACACAACAAAAUGUGGAAUAAGUCAAGGGGUAUGAAUACUUUCUGAAGGCACUGUAUAUGGAUAAUUCCUGUGAAAAUAGGAUGAAAACUUUUGUGAACUCGGGCAUAUUUGAAUUUGAUACCGAACUUAUACCGAACUUGAAGUCCUGCUGUUUUGUACCACGUCGUCUGGUGUGGAGUGGACAAGGGCGAGGCAAGGCAUUAUUUGAAUGCCACUUUGUUGACAAUUCAAUACAGUACAACUUUAUUAGUCCCGCUGCAAUUAGGAACCCAUUGCCACUUUGCCAGGUCAAACACAAAUAACAUCCUCCUUAUAUUACAGCUCUUUAUCACGUUGUUUCAUCCAGACUCUUUCCAUUCCUAAUACAUCCAGUCCUAACCUGGUCCCAGAUCUGUUUCUGCUCUCUUGCCAACUCCUUGUCACGCCAAACAAUGUUUGGCAUGAGAAUUCCAUUACAAAGUUGGCAAGAGAGCAUAAACAGAUCGGUAACCAGGCUAACCCUGUCUCCUUAAAAAUGAUGACCUCUCUCUUGUCCUCCUCAGGUCUGAGUCAGGAGAAGAUUGCCUCCUUUGUGAAGCGUUUGCAGGCGGAGCCCAGGUACCUGCUGGCCCAGAACGUGUCCACGUGCAUCGACCCACUGGAGGUGUGUCUGCACAGGCAGACGGUCCAGGACACUGUGCACAUAUUCCAGCACUCCAUCCCCACAGAGGGCAAGCCUAUCACCAACCAGAAAAACUCAGGUACACUUACAGAUACGGUCAAAUAUAUUGGCACCCUUGCACUUUACAAUGGAAUGCAGUGGAGCAGAAUGUUCUGCUUUUUCUUUUCAAACUGGUUGAAUGGCUAUUUUUACCGUGUAGCCACCUAAAUUACAGAUCAUUUAGUUCAGGCCAUUUUUUACUUUGAAAAGAAAAAUCUCAAUUUCAGUUUAGAAUAAUACAAAAAAAGUCCUUGCAGCUGUAAAUCAAACAAAUACACGUAUAAACACAACAUUUUUCAAUUUAAACUAUUUUCUGGUUGACGAAAUGGUGUUUGACGCAAGUGUGCCAAUAUAUUUGACACCCAGCAUCUGUAGCUACUUCAGAGGCCUGGCCAUGUACAAAGACUGCACAGUAGUGUUAGAUGCUGCUUCCAAACUAAAAUGAACUAAAUAGGCCUAUGUACCUGAUGCAGCGAUGUGGUGGCCUGCGUCCCAAAUGGCAGCCUAUAUCCUACAUGGUGUACUACGUUUGACCAGAGCCCCAUAGUCCAUUUUGUUUGUCUGGUUUCUGUAAUGACAUGUUACAGUCAUUACACAAAAUUGCACAGAGGCCUAACUAUGUGUCUAUGUAUAGGAGAUAGGGUGCUAUUUGGGAAGCAGCCAUUGAAGCACACAUAGGCCUAAACAGUUGCUCCAUAUACACAGUUCCAUACUCAUCUGUGCUGAUUGUGGGUUUCAGGGAGAUGUUGGAUCUUCUCGUGCCUCAACGUCAUGCGCCUUCCCUUCAUGAAAAAGUUCAAUAUCGAAGAGUUUGAGUUCAGUCAGUCCUACCUCUUCUUCUGGGACAAGGUAAGACCAUAUUUAUUUGUUUUAUUAAAAUCACAUUUAUUAAUUUGAGCAACUUUCAGCAACAGCUGCUAGAAUAUAUGUGUUUGUUUACAUUUCAGUGGUGGGGUGUAAACAGUGUUGGUGUGUUUGGCAGUGUGUAUCUCUAGUACUGUUAGACUCAUUGUCUGCCUUAAACCCCCUUUGUGUGUGGCGCUCUGUACACUGGACAAUAUUGUACCGAUUGGACGUCACCGUGACCACCUCUCUCUCUCUCUCUCUCUCUCUCUCUCUCUCUCUCUCUCUCUCUCCCUCUCUCCCUCUCUCCCCAUCAUGUCACCUUUCUGCACUCCCCUCCCACCCUCCCUUCAGGUGGAGCGGUGCUACUACUUUCUGCAGGCCUGUGUGGAGACAGCCCAGAGGAAGGAGCCUGUGGACGGCAGACUGGUCCAGUUCCUGCUCUCCAAUCCCACCAACGAUGGCGGCCAGUGGGAUAUGCUGGUCAACCUCAUUGGUCAGUUCACACCUGUUAUUACCCGAUCAGGGGAGUGUUGCUGCAACGCUUGCAUUAUGCUAUGUCAUUAUGUCAUGGCUGCGUCCCAAAGGGCACCCUAUUCCCUAUAUCAUGUACUGCGUUUGACCAGGGGUCAUAUGUAGGGAAUAGGGUGCCCUUUGGGACGCACGGUGUAACUACCUUGGUAACUAGACUGGAACUACUCGGCGGUGGCCGUUUACUGCAGAAAAUAAGCAAAAUUAUACUGGGACUGUCUAGAUUCUGUUUCAAAUGAGUUACUAAUGUAGUAGUUACUGUAUAAUUCUUUGUAAUUAGACAUUCUAUGUAACUACAUGGUAUAUGUGUCACUUUACGUAAUGUGCUUCCACUGUUUUAAUGAGUCAGGUUUGUUGUUUAGAUCAAGUCUGCGUCCCAAAUAGCAUCCGAUUCCCUAUGUAGGGCAUUACUUUUGACCAGAGCCAAUGGGCAAAGCCUUAACGUUAUGGUAUUCUGUGGCUCAGUUGUUAGAGCGUGGCGCUUGCAACGCCAGGUUCGAUUCCCGCUGGGGCCUCCCAUGCGAAAAAUUUAUGCAUGCAUGACUGUAAGUGUGUAUAUAUAUAUCUAUAUAUAAACCUUUCCCAAUCAUCAGAAAAGUACGGAGUUAUCCCAAAGAAAUGCUUCCCAGAGUCUCACAGCUCCGAGGCCUCACGGAGAAUGAAUGACAUCCUCAAUCACAAGGUAGGUUUAUUCACUUACAUCUUUACAACAUUCUGAUUCAUAAUUAUGUAUUGUGUAGAAAUACAAUACCAAAACCUAGUCCUCCUGUUUAAUACCAAGACAAGGCAAUACAAGCAAAUACACUCUACUUAGCCCAGUGAAACACGCGGAAAGAGCGUAGAAGCCACAUUUUUUUUGGUGUCGUCUGUUUUCUUAUAGAAUACCCAGAUAACUAACCCUAACCCAACAUGCUCCAUAAUGUCAUUAGGUAAUGAAGAUAGCUGUGUAGUAUGUCAUGCCAAUGUUCCCUGGCUUUCAGCUGAGAGAAUACUGUCUAAGACUGAGGAACAUGGUGGCCAGUGAAUCCACUAAAGCUGAACUGUCUGACGCCAUGGACACCAUGAUUGAGGAGGUAAGUGCGUGUUAGGGGAAAAAGACACACACGCACGACUCACACACCACCACCACGUCACACCACACACACACAAACAUACACCGUUUUCCUCAGCACUUCAAUAAUGUUGUAGCGCUGCAUCAUUUUGGCCAGAGGAGGGGGCUGUAUAACAGCACAUAGAUCUUUGCUCCAUCCAGGGAAGGAAUAGGACACAUGCUGUAGCACGCCUGCAUAAUAAUAAUAAUAAUAAUAUGGCAUUUAGCAGACGCUUUUAUCCAAAGCGACUUACAGUCAUGCGUGCAUACAUUAUUAUUAUUUUUUUGUGUAUGGGUGGUCCCGGGGAUCAAACCCACUACCCUGGCGUUACAAGCGCCGUGCUCUACCAGCUGAGCUACAGAGGACCACAUAUGGAUUUAACACGGCAGGUCUUGGGCAGGAAAGGACAAUAAUGAUUACGGCUCCAGUUAUUAUUAGGCAAUAUUUGUUUUCAGAUUUUAUAUUGGCCAUUCAAUUCAAAUCUAUCUGUCGCCUGUUGUAGCAGCACACAGAAGGCUACAGGUUGAUUACAAAGGGGCGUGUGUGUGUGUGUGGUUGUGAAUAGUACCUAAAUCUAAUACCAUUGACUUGAUAUUGUAUUGACUUUCACCACACCACUGAUUUCUCUAUCAAAUCUAAAACGUAGCUGUCAAACAGUGGAUAGACUCCCUCCUCUGUUCAGAUUGAUAUCUAGGCCUAAUAGCUAGAUACCACCACUGUUGGAAUUUGUUGUAGCUAUAUUCCCCCUUAAAUAAUCCCCUAAUUAGUUUUCUACCUCAAAUCAGGAUGUUUGACAUAAGUAGGCUUAGAAAAGGAGCUGCUAUAAAUGCCCAAAUAGCGAUGACUGUUUCUUUUGUUAAACAGUGCUUUAUCGGUAGUAAUGAAUUAGGACAUAAUCACAAGCCCCUCCCAGCGCUGCCUAACAUUGCGUAACCCACCUCUUACACAUUUAGCAACAAUGGCUGUAGUGAUAUAUGGUCCAUACUGUUUAUAAUCCACUGGUGACAGCUUGUGUUUCUAUACUUCUGGCAGCGAAGAGAGUGUGUGUGUCCACAUGCGUGUGUCCAUGUGCACACACUCACACACGCCUCACGGACCUGAUGACCGAAUGUUCCAUAAACAAGAUCUUUAUCGCUCCUGACAUUGAAUGACGUAAGGCAAUUUCGCUGUAAGAGAAAAAAGUCAUAAUGUCGCAACAUUCCCAGCACCACUUAAGACAGAGGAGCCGAGGAAAAUGGAGGUGUGUGAGGCCAGUCAGUCAAUAUCACACAGCCAGAGAGAGAACAUUACAUAAAGGAUUUAGCUUUUGUGUGGUGCGGUUUUGUUGUAUAUGCCCCUGACUGCUUGUUUAAACAGACUCUGGACUACUAGCCUUGCUGCUCUGGAUGCCCUACGCUAGCUACAGUACGUUCUGAUUGUGCAACACUUCCAGUUCUCCCUCGUUGCACUUCUCCAAUGAACAAGAUCGUUUUUUUUUUGUCAACGUGUUUGUUUGUCCACCUGGUAGUAGUUUGUUUUGUGUAACACAGCUCUGGUAGCCUGGGGGAGUGUGAAGAGCGAGAGAAAGGGGGAGGUUGUCCCAAGAGGGUGAGGGGUGUAACCAGUGCCUCUCCUCCCGUCCCAUGGGCGUCCGUACGGGGAAGGGUGCGUUGACUGCACUUCUAUUUAUGCUUGGCAUCUUUUACGACAAGUGAAACAUCACUGUUGUGCCAUGAUUUAGAUUAGCUACUAGCUAGCGAGCCAACAAAUUAGCCAUAAUUAAUUAGGCUAGAAUACACUCUUGUCAGAUGUGAUCAGGUAGCCAGGUCCUUUUUCAUUAAUUAACUUCUCUGUGUGCUCGUCACUCAACAUGUUGUGUUGACACGGUAGGCGUGCGUCCCAAAUGGCACACUAUUCCCUUUAUAGUGCACUAGGGAAUAGGGUGCCAUUUGGGACGCAUCCUAGAUCAUUUGAAAAUGUCACGUAUCAAGUCAUGUUCAAUUACAGAGUUUUGUAGUCCUUUUCAGAGUGCUGCAUGUGUCUUCAGUGUGCAUGCUGUGCCCUACCCCUCUUCUAUAGACCUGUGACACCUUGCAGUGUUCUGGGUUCAUACGACUGCACACGUAAACCAUGUAAACACCAAGUAUGAGAGGUUGUGGGUUUUUGUGUGUGUUUGCACGCGUGUGUUUCAAUGUAUGCUUAGAAGUGGCGUGUGUUUAUAUUCAGAAGUGGUGUGUCUGUGGUUACAUUUAGAGUUGGUGUGUGUGUGUGUCUGUGGUUACAUUUGGAUUUGGUGUGUGUGUGUCUGUGGUUACAUUUAGAUUUGGUGUGUGUGUGUCUGUGGUUACAUUUAGAGUUGGUGUGUGUGUGUGAGCCAUAGCUGAUCAAAGCUCCUAGACUUGGCCCUCAUUAAGCAAGGGGAUGUCAGGCCUACUUUAGGGGGGGAGUGUCUGAUGUUGUGCAUGCUUCCUGUGUGAGGAGUGUGACGGGGGGGCUGGAGAGCAUCACUCUCUCCCUGUCCAGGCUCCACAUGACAGGCCUGAGAGCCAGACAGGCCAGGCUGCACCACCAUGCUAUGCACCAGCUUCAAAGACCUGGGUUUCCCUUUAAUGUCAUGUUCUCUGCAGAAGCACACACAGACAUGUACACUGUAACAGGCGUGCAGGAGCGCACAAACACAGGGAGACGUUUACAAGUUCACACACACACAUAUACAUGUACACCACCUCCGACUGCUAGCACACGUUCCUCACAUCCUCUCUGCAGCACUCAUUCUGUCCCGUACAUGUUGCAUUGCGUCAUGCAGAAUGAAUCAUAAACAGUCCUAUGUUGAUUCUACUGUAUAAAACGUGCCCAUUUGGGCGCCGGACAUUCUAAGUAGAAAUUCUCCUUCAGGCACAUAUGACUAAGUGCUCUGUUUGUAGAUGUAAAUGUAAUUGAUUGGACAGUGAGUUGACUGACAUGCUACAUGUAUGUUUAGACUGGCUAUGUCUCAAUGGACCCUAUUCCAUACACUACCCUUCAAAAGGUUGGGGUCACUUAGAAAUGUCCUUGUUUUCAAAAUGUUGUAAAUGGCUAUUGUAGCUGGAAACGGCUGAUUUUUUAUGGAAUAUCUACAUAGGCGUACAGAGGCCCAUUAUCAGCAACCAUCAAUCCUGUGUUCCAAUGGCACGUUGUGUUUGCUAAUCCAAGUUUAUCAUUUUAAAAGGCUAAUUGAUCAUUAGAAAACCCUUCUGCAAUUAUGUUAGCACAGCUGAAAACUGUUGUGCUGAUUUAAAGAAGCAAUAAAACUGGCCUUCUUGAGACUAGUUGAGUAUCUGGAGCAUCAGCAAUUGUGGGUUCGAUUACAGGCUCAAAAUGGCCAGAAACACAGAACUUUCUUCUGAAACUCAUCAGUCUAUUCUUGUUAUGAGAAAUGAAGGCUAUUCCAUGCGAGCAAUUGCCAAGAAAGUGAAGAUCUCGUACAACGCUGUGUACUACUCCCUUCACAGAACAGCACAAACUGGCUCUAACCAGAAUAGAAAGAGGAGUGGGAGGCCCCGGUGCACAACUGAGCAAGAGGACAUUUACAUUAGUGUCUAGUUUGAGAAACAGACGCCUCACAGGUCCUCAACUAGCAGCUUAAUUAAAUAGUACCCGCAAAACACCAGUCUCAACGUCAACAGUGAAGAGGCGACCCCCGGGAUGCUGACCUUCUAGGCAGAGUUGCAAAGAAAAAGCCAUAUCUCAGACUGGACAAUAAAAAUAAAAGAUUAAGAUGGGCAAAAGACACUGGACAGAGGAAUAUUGGGAAAAAGUGUUAUGGACAGACUAAUCGAAGUUUGAGGUGUUCGGAUCACAUUUGUGAGACGCAGACCAAAUGAAAAGAUGCUGGAGGAGUGCUUGAUGCCAUCUGUCAAGCAUGGUGGAGGCAAUGUGAUGGUCUGGGGGUGCUUUGGUGGUGGUAUAGUGGGAGAUUUGUACAGGGUAAAAGGGAUCUUGAAGAAGGAAGGCUAUCACUCCAUUUUGCAACGCCAUGCCGUACCCUGUGUAUGGCGCUUGAUUGGAGCCAAUUUCCUCCUACAACAGGACAAUGACCCAAAGCACAGCUCCAAACUAUGCAAUAACUAUUUAGGGAAGAAGCAGUCAGCUGGUAUUCUGUCUAUAAUGGAGUGGCCAGCACAGUCACCGGAUCUCAACCCUAUUGAGCUGUUGUGGGAACAGCUUGACCGUAUGGUACGUAAGAAGUGCCCAUCAAGCCAAUCCAACUUGUGGGAGGUGCUUCAGGAAGCAUGGGGUGAAAUCUCUUCAGAUAACCUCAACAAAUUGACAACUAGAAUGCCAAAGGUCUGCAAGGCUGUAAUUGCUGCAAAAUUCAGGAUUCUUUGACAAAAGCAAAGUUUGAAGGACACAAUUUAUUAUUAAAAAUCAUUAUUUCUAACCUUGUCAAUGACUACUUUUCCUAUUCAUUUUGCUAUAUUUCCUGUUCAAAGUCAUUUCAUGUAUGUUUUCAUGGAAAACAAGGACAUUUCUAAGUGACCCCAAACUUCUGAACGCUAUUGUAUAUAGUGCACUACUUUUGACCAGGGCCCAUUGGGGGCUCUGGUCAAAAGUAGUGCACUAUAAAGGGAAUAGGGUGCCAUUUGGGACACAGUCAGUGUGUUGGCCCAGCGCUGGCUGAAGCAGCAGGUCGCUGUGGGAUCGUUUGUGUUAUUGUGUGGGCUCGUUUGCCAGAGCUGAAAAGCUGCCUGCCGCACUUCAUAGUCUUAUAUUUCUUAAUUUAACAACAUUGUUAUAGUCUGUAAUGACCCCAUGUGUUUUCUGUUUACAAGGCCAGAAAGUCUCAGUCAACCCCAGUCCAUUUCUUCUACCCCAGCUGCUCUCUCGUACGGGUCAUUUGCUUACAGUUUCAUCUAGGCUACAUUUUCAACUCUGUGUACCAGGGCUUUGACUCGAAAUCAGCAGGGCCCGUAGUCACAAAGCGUCUCGGAGUUGGAGAGCUGAUCUAGGAUCAGGUCCCUCCUUUUUAUUCAUUGUGAUUCAAAAUAAAAAUGUAUCCUAGAUCAGCACUCCUACUCUGAGACACUUUGUGUGAAUAUGAGCCGUGGUAGGUUCCACCCUUCACAGUUACCAGCACAAGGUGUUUUAGUGUGGCAUGCUGUUGUUGUUUGUUUGUUUGUUUGUUUGUUUGUUUAUUUAUUUAUUUCUGUCCUAACGAGGUGAUUUCCCUCUGUUGGGGCAACGGGAAGUAAAUCAACAAACAAACAGGCCUGCGUGAGCCGAGGACGAAAGGAUGGAGCAUGUGUGUUGCUUUAGCAUUGGGGGGGGGGGGCUAGCUGUGGAUCUAGAGGAGAUUCCUUAAUAUAUUAAUUGCUGAGACUGUUCAAAUUAAAUUGGGUUGCUGGGCUUUUCUGUAGAUUAUGAGGACAGGGCAUUGUUCAUUAGGCACCAAACUGAAAAAAAUGGGCAGGAAGGGAAUAUCUUGUACCUUAAACUUGUCCAAUAAGAAACGCUCCUUUUCGCUUUCCGUUGCAAAACCUUUGAAGACAAGAGCCAGGUCUUAGACUAUUGUUAAUCCCCUACAAACACGGGUCACUCCGGAUUCCUGUCAAUAACAGGGGAUCCCAGCCGCUAUCUCAGAUAAGGCCCUAAUUCAAACCUGGCCGAGCAGAAAAUCAGGAGCCGGGAGGCCUUGAAGACGCCUGUCUGCACUCAGAAACCAAACAAAAACCUUACUAACCUUUCCAAAACGGUUUACAAACCCACAGCAGCCAGCCCCUGACAGACGGCAGCCGUGGGAUUCUUUCUGUUGCGUUUUGCAUUCGUUCACCAGCUCCACCCACCCGCUGAAGCAGUGUUUUGGAGUGGGAGGGAGAGGAACUAUGUAGUGUACGUCAGAAGAUAUACAAACAGUGACACAGACAUUAAAAAGAAAGAAAGCUGUCUCUAAAGACACUGGUCAAACACGGUGUCCAGCAUGGUCCAGCAGUCGUAAAUCGCCCCUCUCCCCCUUCCAUCCUCAACCCAGUGUGUCUGUCCUCAGGCGAAGGGCCAGGGUAGGGUGGCAGGCAGGGAGGGAAGGUAGCCCGCCUGCUCCCCACACAUGGCCCUGUCAGUCUCUGCUUGUCCACGCUGAUGGAUGGCUGUCUGUGUCCUGGGGGGGAGGGGGAGAGAGGGAGGGAGGGAGGGAGAGAGGGAGGGAGGGAGAGAACCAACAGGAUCAGUUGGGUCCCUGUAAGAGAUUUGGUAGCCUAGUACUGAGGAUGACUGUACAAGUGCUGAGAAAUUAACCGUGGGUAAACACAGUGAAGGAGUACAAUGGAAUAAGUCUACUCAUAAUUAACAUUUUAGCAGAUACAGGACAGAAGAGACAGUACCAAGUAUCUUGGCGGUAGUGCUAUAUACAUGACUCUAAUGGAGACGUGCCCAGCCCACCCAGUGUCUCGUGCUCAUCUUUGUCUGUCUGUCCGUUUUGGAGGCAGGUGUUUCCAUAUUGACUCACUGAGGGCUGUGCUGCUGCAGCCUGCUGACGUCAGUGGGGCUCUGGCUCAUUGUUUUGUGAAGAGAAUAGCCUUGUUUCACCGGGUCUACAUGGGUGCUCUGUUGUGUUUGGACGGGACGCGCGUUUAUUUAACCUGCCAAGGAGGAGAGAGGGAUGUGAGGUGGGACAGGGGCCAUGGGCAAGGGGGCAAAGGGGCCUGUUGGUGUGUUCGGGGCAUCUGGUUCCCGUGCUGGUUAAUUACAGGGUAGGCAUAGGCAACGCUGGCAUUUAGUCUGCGCUGUGUUGCAACGGGACAUUGAAAACAAUCCCAGAGUCUUCAAGGCGCUGUCUUGUCUGUGUGUGGGGAAAGGUGAGGAUUACUGUGUGGUUCUGGGAAGGUUGGAAUGUGACUGGGUGUGCUGUCUUUUUGAAAAUAUUUGUAUUUAUUUAACCUUUAUUUAACCAGUUGAGUCAGUAAAAUAUCAAAUUCUUAAUUUACAACAAGGGCCUACGUGGGAAUAGUUUACUACUAUCACCCUGAACACAGGAAUGUCAUUAGUAGUUUAAGUAGUUGACACAGUGGAAAAGUGCAGCAGCAACGGCCCCUGAGUGUCUCUGCUUUGGUGAAGGGCUCCGUGGCCAAAAAUAAUUCCCCAGAUCUAUUUUCACCCUAUGAGGAGUUUAAUUUGUCUGGACUUUUUGCCGAAAGUAAAUGAAAAUAGUAGGAGUCAAUGGGAAGUUCUCAUAAAUAUAGACGUGUGUGUAUAUGUCUGUGUGUAUUGCGUAUGUGUGCUCGCAUACUAGCGGUCUGACUACCUACAGUUGAAGUUGGAAGUUUACAUACACUUAGGUUGGAGUCAUUUAAACCUGUUUUUCAACCACUCCACAAAUGUCUUGUUAACAAACUAUAGUUUUGGCAAGUCGGUUAGGACAUCUACUUUGUGCAUGACACAAGUAAUUUUUCCAACAAUUGUUUACAGACAGAUUAUUUCACUUAUAAUUCACUGUAUCACAAUUCCAGUGGGUCAGAAGUUUACAUACACUAAGUUGACUGUGCCUUUAAACAGCUUGGAAAAUUCCAGAAAAUGAUGUCAUGGCUUUAGAAGCUUCUGAUAGGCUAAUUGACAUCGUUUGAAUCAAUUGGAGGUGUACCUGUGGAUGUAUUUCAAGGCCUACCUUCAAACUCAGUGCCUCUUUGCUUGACAUCAUGGGAAAAUCAAAAGCAAUCAGCCAAGACCUCAGAAAAAAAAUUGUAGACCUGCAUAAGUAUGGUUCAUCCUGGGGAGCAAUUUCCAAACGCCUGAAGGUACCACGUUCAUCUGUACAAACAAUAGUACGCAAGUAUAAACACCAUGGGACGACGCAGCCGUCAUACCGCUCAGGAAGGAGACGCGUUCUGUCUCCUAGAGAUGAACGUACUUUGGUGCGAAAAGUGCAAAUCAAUCCCAGAACAACAGCAAAGGACCUUGUGAAGAUGCUGGAGGAAACAGGUACAAAAGUAUCCAUAUCCACAGUAAAACAAGUCCUAUAUCGACAUAACCUGAAAGGCCGCUCAGCAAGGAAGAAGCCACUGCUCCAAAACCGCCAUAAAAAAGCCAGACUACGGUUUGCAACUGCACAUGGGGACAAAGAUCGUACUUUUUGGAGAAAUGUCCUCUGGUCUGAUGAAACAAAAAUAGAACUGUUUGGCCAUAAUGACCAUCGUUAUGUUUGGAGGAAAAAGGGAGAAUGCUUGCAAGCCGAAGAACACCAUCCCAACCGUGAAGCACAGGGGUGGCAUCAUCAUGCUGUGGGGGUACUUUGCUGCAGGAUGGACUGGUGCACUUCACAAAAUAGAUUGCAUCAUGAGGAAGGAAAAUUAUGUGGCUAUAUUGAAGCAACAUCUCAAGACAUCAGUCAGGAAGUUAAAGCUUGGUCGCAAAUGGGUCUUCCAAAUGGACAAUGACCCCAAGCAUUCUUCCAAAGUUGUGGCAAAAUGGCUUAAGGACAACAAAGUCAAGGUAUUGGAGUGGCCAUCACAAAACCCUGACCUCAAUCCUAUAGAAAAUGUGUGGGCAGAACUGAAAAAGCGUGUGCGAGCAAGGAGGCCUACAAACCUGACUCAGUUACACCAGCUCUGUCAGGAGGAAUGGGCCAAAAUUCACCCAACUUAUUGUGGGAAGCUUGUGGAAGGCUACCCAAAACGUUUGACCCAAGUUAAACAAUUUAAAGGCAAUGCUACAAAAUACUAAUUAAGUGUAACUUCUGACCCACUGGGAAUGUGAUGAAAUAAAUAAAAGCUGAAAUAAAUAAUUCUCUCUACUAUUAUUUUGACAUUUCACAUUCUUAAAAUAAAGUGGUGAUCCUAACUGACUUAAGACAGGGAAUUUUUACUAGAAUUAAAUGUCAGGAAUUGUGAAAAACUGAGUUUAAAUGUAUUUGGCUAAGGUGUAUGUAAAUGUCCGACUUCAACUGUACGUGUACGUGCCAGUUAGUUAGUUUAAUAUUCUUAAGCCUGUUUGUGAUUGACAGCCCGACGCAGCGUUAUCAAAGACAGACAAUGCGGGGUGUUCUCAAACCACCAAAACACCCGCUUAAAUAAUAGACUUUGAUAGGACUGGUAUAUGUAUUUUUAGAAGGAAAUUCCUGAGAUUGCUGUAUCAGUUUAAGGAAGGCUUAUUCUGAGAACCCUGUCAAAACAGACUGGUAGAGGCCAGAGGAACGCCAGAGGAACACCAGGGGAACACAGUCAGAACCCACAACUACAGGAAGAGAGAGCGCUACAGCCAGGCUGAGAGAGUAAGAGGGAUUGGGAUUUGGCAGGCUGGAUAUCCUCCUCACACUACUGUAAAGCUCUUUUUGGUUCGAGAGUUUGAGUUUUACAAUGGCACUUUCACAUAGAGACUGUGAGAGAUUUCAAUGUGCUCUCUCUGUUUCUUUUAUAGUGGUAAUGCGUGACUAACCUAAGGUUUUUUUCCGUUUUUAUUUUGUGUUUCUGCGUGUCCGUACAGGUCUUCCGGGUGGCCAGUGUGUGUCUGGGCAGCCCACCUGACUCCAUUUGUUGGGAGUACAGAGACAAGGAGAAGAACUUCCACCGCAUGGGCCCCCUGUCCCCUCAGCAGUUCUACAAGGAGCUGGUCAAGCCCCUUUACAACAUCCAGGACAAGGUCAACUUUUUACCUAGCUUUAUUUAUUGAUUUUAAUAAAAUAUCAAUGUAGGCUUUGUGUCAUGUAAUUAAUGAUUACAAGAGGUUAUCAUUAUUAGGGCCAUGAGUUUUUCCUCGGGUUGCAAAAUUCCUGAAACAUUCCUAAAGUUCCUGGAAACUUUGGAAGUUUUCUGAAUUUUGCGACCUAGGAAAAGCACGGGGCCCAGUUAGUCUAUAUUAGACCAAGGGUUGGGGUCAGGAAUAACAACCUCCCUAUAGUAAUACUUGAUGAGCUGAGUCUAACCUCUGGUCUCCCUCCCCACCACCACAGAUCUGUCUGGUGAAUGACCCGCGGCCUCAGAACCCCUAUGAGAAGUUGUAUAGCGUUGAGUUUCUGGGCAACAUGGUGGGCGGACACAACACCCUGUACAACAACCAGCCCAUCCAGCUACUCAAAAAGGCAGCCGCAGACUCCAUCAAAGAGGGAGAGGUACUGUGUGGGGGUGUGAGCAGGAGUGUGUCUGGGAAGUUAGACGAAGGCUGCGUUUGAGAACUGAGUGAGUAUGCAGGGAGACUACCUAUAACAUACGUUUCUCUCUCUCUCUCGUAGGCUGUGUGGUUCGGUUGUGACGUGGGCAAGCAUUUCCAUGGCAAACUGGGCAUCAAUGACAUGAAUGUGUGAGUAUUAUGAGAGGGAAGCAUACAUGCGUCAACAUCACAUGUAUAACUCCCUAUCAAUUAGAUCUGUGUGUGCGUAUAUGGUGUGUCUGUUGUGUUGUGUGUGUGUGUGUGUGUGUGUGUGAGAGAGGGAGCUCAUCCUGUCCCUCCCUGUGUUCCCCCCUCUCAGGUUCAACCAUGAGUUGGUGUUUGGGGUGUCAGUAAAGAACCUGUCCAAGGCAGAGAGACUGAUCUUCGGAGACUCCCUCAUGACCCAUGCCAUGAUCCUCACCGCUGUCACCGACAAGGUAGCACACACACAGUACACACAAAACGUACACACACACACACACACAUACUGUACACAUGCACCACAUUUGAGUGACUCUGCACCAAAGGCAUCCAUUGUGUGUUUACAGUCGUUUGAAUCGGCUGCAGGUUUUAAAGUGGCUGUCAAUUUCCCCCCCGUAAGUGACCCCAGCUGUCUCCUCCUUCCCCUCAAAACAGCUGGACAGUAUUUGGACCCAUGGUUACACAACAUAGGAGUUACCAGUCCUGGCCUGCACCCCACUGGGAAUCCUGCACUCCUCUCUUACUGAUGAGCAUACUGUAUAAUUUGCUGUAUAUACUCCCACCAUGUUUCAUGUACUCUGUGUAUGACAGGCAUAAAGCAGAAAACACAGACUUAUUUGGACUUCUUCUCCUUUUGUUCAGUACAUCUGCCUCCUAUCGGGUAAUACAUAAUCAUACACAUUUUGAUUUCUCUCUUUCAUCUGUCUCUCUCUCUCUUUAUCCCUCUCUCUCUCUCUCUCAGCAGGAUGAAAAGGAUGGAGGAUAUGAGAAGUGGAGGGUGGAGAACUCCUGGGGUGACGACCGUGGGAAUAAAGGUGAGAGCUGAGUCAACCAGAGGUCAGAGGAGGAGGAGAGGGCCCGUUCUCACGAAGCCUUGUGACGUCUGUCUGCCUUUCGCGACAUGAGAGUCCCUCUAGGUCUGCCUGUGCCAAGCUAUGUGAAGCGUAGACCCCUCCUCUUCCCUCUCUCACACCACAGGGCUCAGUGUACAAUCAUAGGGACAGUUGGAUUUCCUGUCGGGUCAAUUGAAUUUGAAGUAGGAUUAGCGAAAAAAUGCUCCCUUCCCACCCGCCUGGCGUUGUUAUGAAUUUAUGAUUGACUUCUGGUGUGGAGGGCUGGUUUUGGUUUGGGGUUAGUUUAGCAGCAUCCUCUCAUGUCUGGCCCCCUACCGUAGCUUUGUCUGUUAAGGCUAUGAACCCCGGAGGGAGAGAAAGCACAACAGGGCUGUUUCCCCCUCUCAGACAACGGCCCUUUGUCCCUCUCACAACACAACAGUACGCCAUUUUGUUUCAGCCUCCAGACUUCCUCUGUGUGGAAGACUCCGACACUGUCAGACUACAGGCCUGGGUUCAAAUAAUAUUUUUCUUGCAUUAAGCGGCGCUAAAACGUUUGAAAGGAAACAAAUACUGAACCCACCUCUGUUGGGACUGUAUGGCUUUUUAAUCAAAAUACGUAAUUAUCCACCAUUCCCACCGCUCUUUCUCUCUCCCCCCUCUCUCUGUCGCCCUCCCCCUCUCCUCUCUCCCUCUCUCUCUCUCUCUCUCUCUCUCUCGCUCUCUCUCCUCUCUCCAUCAUGUGCUCUACAUUCCAGUGCAGAUUAUUUGGGUUCUGUUAUGUAGUCCCACUUUCUGGUCAAUGACUUCAUAUCAUCUGCAUAUUGAGAAUAUAAAAAAAGCCCUACCUACCACUAAAGCCUCCUCAAAUCAACUGUAUUUCACACAUGUCCCAUUCCAUAAACAUCCACGCAGAUAUUUUCCCUCGGAUGUAUUAAUAAAGUUAUUGAAAACAAAUGAUGUGGAGGACGGCGGCGGUGGCGGCGGAGAGCACUGUUUGUUUGACAGCUGGAGGCGGAGAUGGGGAGGGAGGACUUGUCAACGCCACAACGGACGGAGAAAAUGUGUGUUUGUAAGGUUUCGAGGGUUAACAUCUCUCCAAUUGCCUGUAAUAUGUUGUUUCCCCCAAGGGGAUCCCGCCUAAUUAGGUUAACACCGUGGUGCCUGGUUCAAACUGCUCAAACCCUUCAAACACCAGAGCUUUUCUCAAGAUUUAUUAUUAUGGCCUUAGAGUGCACAAUUUUUACUUUUACGCUAUAUUAUACAAAUAUGGGAAAUGUGGGCCAAUCUGACAUGUGAUAUUUCAUUGUGACAGACUGUUUUAUAGGCUAGAGAUGCCCUCCUCAACGCACCUCUCGGAUUCUACACGACCCCUUUUACAACUACUUCGGUGUAGUGAGAAACAAUAUUUGUACUGGCUAUUGCGAUUCCCUCGUUAACAUAUCACGUUACCGGGCAGACUAUGGACACACUCUUAUAUCUGCUAUUACAAUCUGCUAUUACAUGUAGGAUGAUGCUGUCAUCGCAGAUAGGUUUGGAAAAUUAUUUUCUCAUUAUCGUGAACUAAGGAGAUAAUGGAAACAGCAUGUGCUGACCUGUGUUGCUCAGGACAUUUCAGCUGUACUAUUCUAUCUAAAGCAGAACAGCUCAUCUGAAUAAACUCCAUCCACAGCUCUCCCUGUAAGACGGCGUAGGACACAUCUGCAGUCCCGUUAAGACAAAUAAUGACGCUAUACGAAACCGCCACCCGACACACACUCGUCUUUCCUGGAAACUGGAAAGGAAGAACCACGCAGAAUGAACACACACAGAACGAAUAAACCACAGAACGAAUAAACCACAGAACCAGGGGUAUUGUUUUGAGUUUAGGCACGUUUUUCGAGGUCCCUGUGACAUCAUCGAUAACUCAACUUUUCAGCGGGGGAUUGAUACGCUCUGAACACUGCCCGGGUCCAGAGAUGAGAGGAAAAUCAAACAGCGGUCACAAUCUGGUCUAGUGCCCAGCUCUGACCGUUACACAAUCCUGCAUAACCACAGGAUCAUGUUCAUUAGGCACCAAAUGGAAGAAAACUGUCUGAAACAGGGAGGGACUACCUGGACUUGUCCAAUAAGAAACUUUUGUUAAAAAAUGUUUUAAAACGUUUUCUGCUGCGUGCCCAAAUGAACCCGCCCGUGCCUGCUCAAAUCCCAAGUCUCCUCCUAUUGCCACGUGGACAGAUUGGAUCUGUUCUGUUCCUGUUUGUCUUUAGUCUGGGUUGUCAGUUUGUUCAGACGGGCCUAUUGCCCUUGUAGAUAAAUUAGAACAAUGUAUGCGGAAUGCCCCUAUUGUCAUUACGCAUCCUGCUCUCACCAGUCUAAUCUCUUCAUAUCAAGUGUUUAUAUGCUUUUCUUUAUGAUUUGAUGUACUCACUGUCACCCUCUGAGAGAGAGAGGCCGUGGCCUGUGUGUCUGUACGUGUUCUCAGGUCCAAGGUCUGUUAGUGGGAUCAUGUACACUGAAGGUUGUGUUUCUGGGCUUGUUAUGAAAAUGUAUUAGAGCAGGAGGAAGUGGCAUUCUUUAAUCUGUUUUUUGGGGGAGGAUAAAGUGGCCUAAUGCUGUGUUAAUGAAUCAAAAUAUGUGUGUCGGUCAGUCCCUCCUUUGCAAACUGGAGAUUUAUCGGGCUGGGGUGUGCGAGGUGAGAACAGAAGUGUGGGACAGACCUGGGUUCAAAUACUAUUUGACAUCAUUUCAAAUACUUUAGCUUGGCUUGCCUGGUGCAAUGGAACCAAUAGAAACGUGCAAACCCAGCCCACCUGGCACUCCAUGCAGGCUAAAGCAAACCAGUCCUAGCCAUGCAUUUGAAAGAUUUCAAAUAAUAUUUGAACCCAGGUGUUGUGUGGGACAGACAGACAGGGUGGGGGUCUGUCCUUCCCUCCUCUCCCUGUGGAACAAUAGGUCGGAGGCCAGGGGUACUGACGGACGCCCCUCUUAUCAGGACUCACACUUUAGAACACUCGCACUCAUUGCUUUCAGUAUUGGGCAGUCCACUGAAGUACAGAGUGAGUCACUGAUACUGCUGUUAGCUAAUGAAUGUCAGACUGACUGGUCUUAGAGAUGGGUGUUAAUCAGGACUAAUGAUGAUUGAAAAUAAACUCCAGCAGCACAGGUGAUCUUGACGCUCCACCAAUUGAAUGAAUCUUAUACCAACAUUAUCAAGACACCUUCAUCAGGUAUUUUUUAACUUUUUAACUGUAUGAAUUAACCCAAUGUAUCUCCAUGUAUGUGUGCAGGUUACCUAAUCAUGACCGACGAGUGGUUCUCUGAAUACGUGUACGAAGUGGUCGUGGACAAGAAGUACCUGGCCCCCGAGGUGCUGGAUGUAAUGCAGAAGGAACCCAUUGUCCUUCCUGCCUGGGACCCAAUGGGAGCCUUGGCCUUGUAACUAUGGAAAAAGAGGGUGCCAUCCCACCCGCCCGGUCUCAGCCCUGGUCUGCUUGACUCUGCCCCAUCUCUCUGGUUUUACCCCUGCAUAGACUUCCACCCACCACAGCCUGUUCUCUAGACAAAUAAUAAAAGUUUGUUUUUUUUACUGGAAAAACA